AUGGAAGAACAAAUGAAAAAGUUAAAAUACAGAAGAAAUUCUAAAAGAUUAGGAAGAGGUCCAGGUUCAGGCAAAGGAAAAACAUCAGCCAGGGGUAUGAACGGACAUGGACAUAGAUCUAAUGGAGGUGUACAUAUAAGAUUCGAAGGAGGACAAACACCUUGGUUUAGAAGAGUUCCUAAAUUUGGAAUGAAGAAAUUAAAUCUAGAAAAACCCAAAGCAAUAAAUAUUAAAAAUUUAAUGUAUUUCAUUUAAAAAGGUAGAAUCGAUGCCACAAAGCCUAUAACAAUGAAAGUAAUGUUUGACGCAGGUCUUUUCCAUAGUGCUAAAUAUGGAAUUAAAAUUGUGGGAAGAGGACUCAAUUUUAUUGAUCGUCCUUUAAAUUUAGAAGUUAGUGAUGCAAGUGAAAGUGUUAUUAAAGCAAUCAAAGAAAAAGGAGGCAGUGUAAAAUGCAUUUAUAUGACUUGUUUGUAAUUAAGAGAACUUUUCUUCCCUGAAAAAUUUCCUAUUAAUUUAAGAAAAACAGUUCCCCCUAAAAGGGUCGUUAAAAAAAUGGAAAAUAUUAGAAAAAGAGGAGCUGAUGUUGAAUAUAAUGUACCAAGGUGGUAAUAAGAUAUUUUAAAAUAAUAAUAAGAAGAUAAAGAUGUAGAAGAAAAAGAAUAAUUUGUUUUACCGGUUCCGAGAUUCCCAGGAUCUGGUAAAAAUAAAAUUAGAACAAGAAAGCCAAUUAUUACUAAAUAAAUAAAUUAUAAGUUUUGA